AUGGCGGACCAUUGGGUAGCGGAGGUUUUUCCUCCCAGAUUUCAGUUCUCAAGCGUAGAUGAGAUGUUGCAAAAUAACAAGGAAGACGAAACGGAGAACAAAAGGACUCAUACUGGCGAUGAAGUGUAUCGUAAAGUUUAUUAUGAUGAGGAAAAAGCCAAGAAACCAAGUGAUGAACAAUCAAAUUCCAAACGACGUCGUGCUCGUGGAAAGCGCCAGACUGAUCCCAGUGAUGCAAGCAGAAAAGAGAAGAAGAUUGAGAUGAAAUCACAAACUAACAACGACCAUGAAUGUAUAUGGAGUCAAAGUGAACUGAAGAUGCUACGAAAGUUUCUACAAAAAGCUAAGAUGCAAAACCUUCAACUUGCUGCACUUCUGGAAUCGGCACAAAGCGAAAUAAGAAUGUGGAAAGAAAAGUUUAAAGAUGUGACCGAAUCGGAGAAUCUCGUAGAAAAUAGAUAUCAAGUUCUGAAAAAGAAGUAUGAACGAUUGAAAGUCAACUAUAGAGCACUGAAGGAAGACGUCAGAAAGUAUCAUAACAACUUGAAAGUUACAAGAAGAGAUUAUCAAGAACUACAAGACGAGAAAAACGAUAUUGAGAAAUCAUUCAACGAGACAAAAUUAAACCUGAACAGGGAAAAACUCCACAGUGAGCAACUUCAAGCAAAGUUAGAGAGGAGAGAAAGGGAAUUUGAGGAAAGUUUGAAACGUUGUGAAUUCUUCUUGGAACAACAACAUUUAAUUGAGAAAACAAAGUUGCAAAGAGACAUUGAUAGACUGAGAAAGGAAUGUGAAAAGGAGAAGGAAGAAAACAGCUUAAAUAAGAAGGCACUUGAACACCUAAGGACCCAUUUUGCCAACCUGCAGAUACUCGGAGAUAGUACAGAGAGAAGUAAAGAAACAGAUAAUGUGCUUAGUGUUGUAGAUAUUGACUAUCUGCCAAAAUAAAUAACACUCUCAAAUGGUCAGAAACUUAUCAAGGGGUGGGGAAUGAUUCCUUUAAAAAUGUGGCUCUUAGAAAGUUUUUGCUCAAUCUCCAAAUCUCAAAAGCUUUUGCAAUAGUCUUGAAGUCUUUUUUGUGUGUUUUUGCAUAACAGACUCUUAGGUUUUUUUGCUCAAGUGUAUUGUCUUUUUGGAUUUGUCAUGUAUUUAUUUGGUUUUCAGGAGUCAAGUUUUUCAGGGUUCAAGGGCACAAGUUCUCAAACUCUGAGGAGAAAUAUUGAGACAGUGUAGCACAACUUGCAUUUUGAGAUCACAUUUACUCAGCCUUCUGUUAAUGCUGCACUUACUUGAUUCAAUAAUUAUUGUUGCAUCUCCUACUCAGUUUUGGUAUAAUAAAGUCUCGGCUCAGAUUUUCUAAAAUUGUUGAGGUCUCGGUCUCAGAUUUUCAAACAGGGGACUAUGCAUAUUGGCAAAUCUUGGAUCUUACCCUUCACCACCCCUUCAUCAACAAGGAUAAAAGUUAGGAUUUGAAGAGUGCCGACUUUCUCUGAACUUUUCUGGCAGCCUUGUAAUGUAUCUUGUUUUUUAAAAAAAUUAAGAGGGGGUGGGCUGAGCUUUUCUCUAUGAAGCUACAUGACACUGAUUAAAGCUAACUUUUGCAAUGUUUCCUUGAGGAAAACAAUUUUUUGCCAUUUUGCAAAAUUUUACUGGAAGGAAUGGAAUUCUCUUUGAUAAGAAGAGCAUUGGUCAGAUUCUGACUUACCUGUCUAAUGUGGCUUCCAUAUUUUUUGUACAACAGCCCACACAGAGAGGAUGUCUUAAAAAAAGAGUGGGUGCUGAGACAUCUUCUGGAAAACACUUUCCUGCCCUCAGGGUUCUGCUCUCAAUACUGUAAUAUUGCGUGUAGGGAGUCAAAGCUCUGAACCUCUGAAAACCAGGGUGCCAUGAAUAUAUAUAUAUUUUUUUAUGCAGGCCAACAACUUAAGAACAAAAGUGAGUCACCACGGGCCACAAGUUACAACUAGAAUCUGUCCAAAAUAACUAUUUGUGACUGAAAAAAAAAGGCAGCUUAGUUCCCAUGAUCUGAAUGGUUUGACCUUGAUACAGGAAAUUGAGACCAGAUUAGAAAGUUGACAUCCAUUUUGAUCAAACGUUAAUUCUUAAAAGGACUGUGGGCCCAAUGCACAUUGCAUUGUACUAGAAGUUGUAGGGGUUGGGUUGCCUUUUCUUUUGUUUUCCUGCCCUUUGAAGUCACAUGACCUUCUCUUUCAGUCUUCCUGUUCACCUAAAGUAAUGACCAAACAGUGACCAAAAAUCUAACUUGAAUGACUGCAUUGUUGGGGAUGACUGUAUUCAUGUAUUGGCCCAAUUCAAAUCUUGUAACUGUCUAUCGCUGUGAAAAUAAAAGUCUGUGUACACAGUGAAUAAUUCAUUUCCACAAUAGUAUUUAACUUUUCAUUAACUCCCAAGUCUCAUUUUUGAACAUGCAGUUACAUUCUAUACACUGUUUUUGUAUGCCAUACUUUUUAAAACUUUACAGGCAGCAUUCAGUGUACCCCAGAGUUUUUCAAUACCAGGGUUCUUAAAGAUACAUGUAAAAAUGUUUGUGUAAAAUGUAUCAUAUGCCUCCAUAAUAAACAGCAAUUAGGUACUAGCAUUGGACCAUUUAACUAUGAGUUAGGGCACAAUUAAGUUAAAACUGGCCAAAACCAGCUUACCAUUUAAAAAGGUUUGAUAAACACUCCCAUCAUUUUUGCAGGGGUGUUCCCUUCGGGGACAAGUAAUCCUGCAAAAGAUAAACAAACAGACCAACAGUGCUACCCCCUACCUCUUAUUGUUCCUAUUAAAAAUCUAUGUUCUGUCCCCAGCAUAAGACAAAGUGAGAUCUGGGUACACGAUUAAGGAGAAACUAACUGGUACAACUGGAGAGACUAUGGUAAAACAGAGACUGCAGCGCUGGUGAUCUGUGGACUCCCACUACUUAGCAAAAGUAUUUAUGUUAUUAUUAUUAUUACUAUUGUUUGUUUCUUUUAUUAUCAGCUUUAGAGAUGUCCUCCCUCCUUGAAUAAUUCCAAAAAUAUUCCCUUGAUCAAGGAAGAAUUAAUGCUGCCCAAAAAUUUCCCCCUCUUUUCUCUCGACUACAUGCCUGCCACUCAAAAAAUAAACACUUUACAAAACUAUUUGAAUCAGCAGCCUUAUAGCUACAUUUAAUUUGGCUGCAUGUUAUUUACCUGUGGGAAGUGGCAACAAUGGACAGCUGUUUCUCCUAUAUUUGGGUUCACCAGUAUAGCAUAGCAGGGGCGGAUCCGGGAUUUUUCUUACGAGGGGAUGCACCACUAAGGAACUACCAUAUGCAUUUUAACUACCAUUUUUACAUAAAUUCUGCAACCUCAUGUCAUGUCUUUCUCCAGCACAGAUAGACCACAAAGUUUUUUUUUGCAGACUAUCGUUUGUAUAAGAAAGCCGCAAGUCAUCACAGGGGGAUGCACACCCCCGACACCCUCCCCCUAGAUUUGCCCCUGUAGCUGUGAGUCUAAGCCACAUUUUCCCUUAGUUAACUGCAGAAGUACUCCUUUAAAUUCCAGCUCGCUCCAUGUUUAGCAUUGUAGUAGCUGUUGCCACUUCAGCAGAGUUGUGUAGCUAACCCAGCUAACCCCCACCCCCACCCCCUGAGCUAUACAAACACCCGUUUAGUACAAAGAAAGCUUUGUGUUGGUACCCUGGCCUCAAUAUAUAUCUAAUAUGAAAUAAACUUGUUGACGCGGCAAACCAUCAGUAUCGAUAAGAAAAAAAUAUCCUCUGGAACCCAGGGUAUUGUUUCGGUUGCUUAUUUGCUGUUUCAAAUUAUUGAACAAACAAAAUAUCUUGGAAAGGGCGCAUUGAAAGCAGUGAACUCCAUACAGAUAGUAUAUGGGUAUGACUUGCAUUCCUUUUGUUGAUACAGUACUUUAACUUUUAAAAACAAAUCAUUUUAUAUUUGCUGGACAUGUCGUCUAAACUGCGGGGAAAACAAGAUUUCGCGCAAUUUUUCGGGCUCUUGUUUUUUUGAACAAUAGCUAGCCAUAUAUGGUUGCCAAGAGAGCCUAGCAACACUCGAUAACAAAGACAUGCCAUUUACAGCCAUUAUGCAAAGCUUAGCAGAUGAACAAUCAGUGUAUUUGAAGCACUAAGAGUACGUGUUUGUAUUCGAUUAAAGGCUGCAGAAGUCGCUUUUAAGGCUUCGUAAGUGUUUGUUAUGAGGAAUGAAAAGGGGAACGAAAAUCUCUACUUCGAAUCGAGCGCUUCGAUUGAACACGAGUCAAUAUCGCCGGGAGUACAAGAGCGGUGCUGUCUACCAUGGCGAACUCGAAGGGACGAAGAAAAGUGGGAAAGGGAUUUUUAAGUGGCCAAAUGGAGCUUGCUACGAUGGAGAAUAUGUUGAUAACACAAGACAUGGUUAUGGGAAGCAAUUUUGGCCAGAUGGAUCGAUUUAUGAGGGAGCAUUAGUGCGAGAUCUUCGGCAUGGCCAUGGCACCCUAACAUGGCCAGAUGGCGAGGUGAGGUCUGAAUUAGGUUAUUAAACUUAGUGAAGGAAGAGGUUCUUCUCUUCUGAGAUUGCUUUCCAUGGAAUCAUUUAAGCCUUUUUAUUCAUAUCAUUAGCCAUUUGAAAGUACUUUCAAGAGGAUAAACUUAUAGGUCUUGUCAGAACGUUCAAUUAAGCUUAAAAUAAGCUUAUGUUUUCGAGUAUGUUCGAAAUAAAUUAAGAUUCGAACGAAUAAUUUCCUGUUCUAAACACCAUUAUUUUUCACAGUCUCUUGACAGAAAUUUUACGCCUUGUUUGUGCAAGACAAAAUGUUGUGAGUUUAUCGUCUAAAGCUUCUCAUGAUUUAUUAACAAAGUGCAGGAAAAUAAAUUUCUGAUGUCAUGUUUGUGGACUGCAAAUUAAAGCUUAUUCACGGCCAGUUACAAAUUCCUUCGGGUUAUUUGAGGUCAGAUGACUUUGCAAAUUACACGUAAUUAUCAGAGAUGUGAAAUUUUCACGUUUCUUUGUAGAUUUUACACCCAACAGCUUUAUAAUCCAUUCAUAUGUAAAUGACUUACAGGUCUAAAUUAAUUCGGGUUAAAUUUUUUUAAUCUUAUUUUUUUAUAGUAGUAGAGUUGAUUCUCUGUUUCCUUUGUAUGCUAGCCCUAAUUGUUAAAGGGCUAGGAAACAAACGAAAUUGGGAAUCAACCUACAAUUGGCGACAAAAUGAGUUGAGACACCUCGCCCAAAAGUAGGCUUUUUUACGUUUUAUGAACUUCAAAAGGAGGAAAUAUAGCAACAAACACCCCAACUUUGAAUGGAGGGGACAGGGGAGGGGUGCGCGUGCAUGCGGAUUCUUUUGUUCUCCGAAGACACCCUAUUUAAGUACAAUGUCUCAACUAUUUUGUCGCCGAUUGUAGGUUAAAUAAGUUUAACCUGAAUAUAAUUUUGACCAGUACCAAAAAAGAUAGAAGUGAUCGCGACAGGAUACAUUUGUGGGCUUUUCACUCUUUUCAUGUUGAUCACAAUGCACCUUGUUUACCCCCCAAAAUUUUGCUUGAUAACUAUUGUCUUUGAUUUCUCUUGGGAUGACUGUAAUACCUAGGAGAAAUUUCAAAGAACGUUUACAGCUGUAUGUAAAUUUUUUUUUUUUUUGGGGGGGGGGGGGGGGGAACAGGUCUUGGUGAAAAGAGUGAAUAAAAGGCCGGGGGUGAAGGUGGGGGUGGGGGUACUGCCAUAUGUGGGCUAUAUGUGAAUGUGCCGCUGUGAAGGGUAUGAUUUUCAUGCAGUUUACUCUGAGAGUUUGGGUCUAGAAUUAUAGGGUAUAAUUUUCCAGGAAACUGAUCCAUUAGUUGAGGAUUUUAGGAUAGACUUGGGAAACUGGGAAUUGCCACACAAAGAUAUAAAAAAAUCAUAUCGGCAAGUUUAAAUUUACACAACUCAGCUUGAAAGCUACUCUAGGAAAGGGGGGGGGGAAUUUGAGGAGUUUAGUCUAGUAUAGGGUAGCAAAAUUCAGCUGCAUUAGCUCUUGUAUAGGCUAAGGGUUCCAGGGGUCCCAGCAGAACAUCCCUACCCCAAGAUUAACCAUCAUUAACCAUUAAAUAAAUAAAAUAUUGGUAAAUAUUAAGCUCUCUCUUAGUGAAAUUCUCCACUGUAUGACUUAUAAUAUGUUUCAUAAUAAUCUUGUUUGUAAUAUUAGAGUUACUGCGGAGAAUUUUACCGUGACAGAAAGCACGGCAAAGGAGUGUACACUUGGCCAGAUGGUACAGAAUUUGAUGGAUACUUUGAAAAUGACAAGAAAGAAGGAUUUGGAACAUUCACAUUCCCAAGUGGCAACAAAUUUGAGGUUUGUACAAUCAAUCAAUCAGUCAAUCAAUUACAUGUAAAGGAAAAAAUUAACACUUGUCCAUGAAUUUUUUUCUCCUAGUAUCAUGGUGAGACUAUUAUCUUCUAUUAUUGAUCAAUAAGACAAGUACAUUAAUAUUUUGUGAUUAUAAUCAUAAACCCUGGUUCAGUCAGUUUGUUUUCAUUGUACACUUUUGCAAGUCUUCUUGAUUGAUCAUUAUAAAGUUUAAUUAUGUAACAUAACAGUCAUGAGUACAUGUGUACAAUAUUAAAAGCAAAUGAUGACCUAUUGGGCUAAAUAAGAAUUUACUGCCACCCAGUUAGCUCAUUUUGGUGAGUGCUUGUCUGCUGAGUGGGAGGACAUGGGUUCAAACCCCGCCCCUUGCCAACAACCGGGGUCUUAUAAAAACUGCUACUAUUAUGCUGGCUGUUAUUCAAGAUCUUGUCUCAGUUCAGGUGAUCGCAUCAUGUGCUGUGAAGUUAAGCUGUUGGCCUGACUCCUUUAUCUUGUCUUAUCAAGAGGAUGGGAACUUUUACUGCUUUUUGAAAAGGGAAGGGAACGUAGACCCUCCUGGCCUGGUGGUAUGGCCUAUCUCACAAGGGGGAAGGUGUUACAGGCCUGAAGUUAUUGCUGUUAUGCACUAUUGUGGUGACCGUGCCAAGAUAUUACCCUAUUUCCUUUAUUAAUAGCUGGGGGCGAUCAUUCUUUUUUCACACCAAAAGGGGGCGAUUAUUCAAGGAGAUGUGAUUAUUCAAGGGAGGCAAUUAUUAUUUUAAAUACUGCUCACUGACAGUCAUGCCCUAAAUAUUUUGUUUUAUCAUCUCAUUGAAUAAAAAAAAAAUAAUCACCUCAAAUAUACUGAACAUGGUCUUUAUAUUUGUUUCAAAUUACUUUUUGGUCCCCUGGUUAAUUUUUGAUGUCAAUAUCCUCAACGUCAGAGCUUGAAUCAUCACUGAUCAGUUUUGGUGCAUCAGUCUCCACUUCAGCUUUGUUUUUCAUCCAAGGUGUCAAUUUUUAACUUGACAGGGAGGGGAUAAAAGAAAGAGAAAAUGGCGAGAGAGAGGGGGGGCAUUAUUCAAGGGAGGUAGUUUUUUAAAAUAUUUCCGUCAAAGGGUUUCAAUUAUAAUUAUGAGGAGGCAAUAAAUCAAGGGAAGGGUAUUACUUAAGGAGAUAAAUUAUGGUAUUGUCGAAUUUCAGUAAAAAAUAAAUAAAAUGUCUACAUUGAAUUUAAGACUGCAUGUGUAAUGAUAAACUCAAUAUAAUGACUUGAAAUGACUUAUAUUAUAGGCUUUCCUUGUUUACCAUCUGUUUCAUACAAUCAGAGUAUUUUGCAUUUAUGGCUUUCAGAGUUUGUUAGUGUCUUACUUGCUUACAUUUACUUACUUACAACUUGACAGUGUAAUGUUAUUGUUUCUACUGAAGUUGCAACUAUAAGCUCUCUUAAAUACAAUGUAUUACAACAUGAAAAGAAAUGGAAAACACCAUGGGGAAUUAUAUACAUCUUGCUGUUCAAGAGGCAAAAUCAUAAAUUUUGAAAUAUUAUUAAUAUGUUUGAAAUUAUGUUUUGUCACUUUACAGGGAAUUUAUAGAGGUGAUGAACGAGAUGGGCCAGGAAUUAUGACUUACAUUGACAGUGAACAAGAUGUUGGUUUAUGGUGCGGAGAACGCCUCAUAAAACUUUGUUCAGUGAUGGACAGUGCAUUUCUUUUUCAACAUUACUCAAAUUACAAUGUAAAUGCAGGGAACAACCUUUCAGGAAGAGUAAGGCGAGCCAACACUGCAAAACAGAACAUCAGAAACACGUCACCUUCCUUGCAAGACUUUGAAGGAGUAGAGGACAGUAAACUGCAGUCUCAGAUUCCAAAUUCAUUUCCAUUUUCAGAUAUUUUAGAAGGUGUGCGAGGUGAUAAAGGUCCUAAAGGACCAAUUGAACAAUCUUCAGAGGAGCUUUUAAAGGCUGCUGCUGCCGGAGACUGCUUUAAAGUUCAAAAUUUGAUUGAGAGUGGGAAAGUUCACGUGGAUGUUGCUGACAAAACAGGAUACACUGCACUAUUGGCUGCCUCGGUAAGUAGUACAGGGUGUAUCUUUGGUAAAUCCUAAACCUUACUCUCAGUUGUUAUUUUAUUUUUAUAAUUUCCAUAUGUAUGACAUGAGUUUGAAGCAAACAAGUUAGAAUCAUGCAAGCAUAUGAUGCAGGGAGUCUUAGAUAGCAAGUUGCUGGGGGGAUUCCCCAUCCUCCCCCUACAUCUGCCCCUGAAAUUAAAGUCAAUCUUAUUUUUUUUAUUCCCCAAGGUUAAUUGUCACCGUGAUGUCAUAAACUGCUUGCUGGACAAUGGUGCCAAUGUGAACAAGUUAAAUGAUGAAGGAUUGUCAGUUCUUGCAGCCUGUCAUGUUCUGUUCUACACAAAACACACUUGGAAGGAUAAUAUUGCAGAAAACAUCCCUCGUGAAAACUUGUUCAAUUGUAUACAGGAGGAUGGACAGAAAGGGAUUUAUAUUCAUCGAAAUUACCGUCAAAGUGCAGCUGUGGAAGAUGCUAAAAUGGAGACAAACUCUGAGUCAGGAGAAGUGGAUGUAAAUUCUGAUGAUGAGUUUGUAGCAAACUGCACUGAAAAUGAGAACAACCAAGUUCAAAGCAAUGAUCAAAGGACGUACAAGGUUAUUGAAUUUAAUAACAGAAAAUCGGGAAAUAAGGAUGAAUCCAGUCAUGAACUAGAAAACAAUUUAAGCAAUAAUUUACAAAGCAAAUUAGACCUCAAGAAAAAUGGUUUUAUGAAAGACUUUGAGAAACAAGGAAUGGAAAUAAUCAUUGACUCCAGUGUUGAAAAUGUACUUGAUUCUGGUAUGCUGACACCGAACAGUAAUCCGUCAGUGACACAUGACAAUGUCGGUGAUAAGACCAGCAAACUAAACAUAAUGAACCCGUCAUUGUUUAGUAUGAUGAGUGCGGUGAGCAGCACAAGGCAGCUGACAGAGUCUGGUGAUGAUUUGCGUAGUGAAAACAGCAUGGAGCAAAACAAGCAAGUGUUACUGGCUGUUCAGAGGUAACACAUUUUAAACCACAAUCUUACUCUCAAAUGUAAUAGGAAUCUUGAUGAUACUUGCAGAUUUCAAAUAUGAAGUGUCAAAGAUGGGUAUUUUGACAGCACACACUGCUGCUUAUAAAUGAUAAAAAAUUUCAAGGUUAUGAGAUAUGAAGGAAAUGAUCUCUUAAGAUAAAAGGUUAAUUGCAGAGUUGAUUUGACCAUGUGCAGUACUUUUGUACUCAGGAGGGGGCUGGGGUGUGCUUGACCCGUGUGAGCUAUAGAGGUGUUUGUCACCCAAAGGGUUUGGUUUUGAGCCACUUUAAACGUUCAGUGUCAAUACUACCGUACAUGUAUGUGAUGAAAAAAUUCUUAAAAUAAAAUGUGUUGAAUUCACUUCUUUGAAUAAUUUGCCAUUAAAAUAGGCACACAUACAGCAUUGCAAAGAAAGAUUAAAAGGGUUUAAAACUUAUACGUAGUUUUACACAACAAAAGAAAGAUCCGAUCACAGAGGUGACCACUAAAGUGUAUGGCCAGGAAAAAGAAACUAGAACAAGGUCAUGAGUUUGCAAGCUAAGUACAACUUUUAGAAGCCAGGUGGGAAGGCUAGUUCUAACGACAAGAGUAUAAAAUGGCAUGAUUUGGUCUGAAAAAAUAUAAUGGUCAGGAUUUUGAGAACUGGGAAGCACACCCAACCAAGACUUCCUUCCGUCCUGCAUAUAGACAAUUCAAAUGCUUUAACCCAGCCCAGUAGUUUUAAUCAAGGAUCUAUUCUCAAAACACCACAGGAACUUCAACUACUUAUGUGUUGAAUUACCCCCUCAUCUCUCAUCCUUUAAACAACUGUCACAGAAAUUACAUGAAUGGGAUUCUUCCACUACACAUGUUGAGAUCGAUGUAUUGAUCCGAUCUUUGCAUCCUACGGAAUGCAUUCUAUGAAUUUUAAAUUUUUGCAUCUUUGGGGAUUAUUUCUAUGUGUCAGGGACGCAGGAUGCAGAGGUGACAAAAUCACUGAAACUCUGCUACAUGACUCUGUGAUGUCAUAUUUUGAUAUUUAUAACAUGGUUUUUGUUUACUGGUAAUUUGAUUUUAGGCGUCCUCAUCUUGAAGCAACAGUUCGACUUCUACUGAAGCGAGGUGCAGAUCCCAAUGCAUCAUCACUUCCAAUGCCUGUACUUUUCUUUGCUGUCAAAGCUGCUGACUCUGCUGCUGUAGAAAUUUUACUUCAGAAAGGUGCUGACACUUCUGCCAAGCUCUCAACAGAGGUAAAAAAUGUUGAUAGUGCAUGCUUGAAAAAAUGGAAGGAGAACUUUCUGUGCUCUGAAAUCUGUGUUACUGUACAAGGUAAUGAAUAAAUAUAAUCAUUAUUACAAUUUUGAAUAAUGUCUGCAUGUCUGGUACUUUCAUCCACAGACUCAGAAGUUUGAACUCCGUACUAAAUAAAUAGUACCAUGUGAGAGUACUGCUGAAGAGGUUUCAUUUGAAUGGUAACACCACAGGAUUUCAUCCACAGACUCAAAAUUUGAACUACAUACUAAACAAAUAGUACCAUGUGAAAGUACUGCUGAAGAGGUUUCAUUGGAAUGGUAACACCGUGGGAUUUCAUCCACAGACUCAAAAGUUAGAAGUACAUACUAAAUAAAUAGUACCAUAUGAAAGUACUGCUGAUGAGGUUUCAUUUGAAUGGUAACACCAUAGGAUUUCAUCCACAGACUCAAAAGUUAGAACUACAUACUAAAUAAAUAGUACCAUGUGAAAGUACUGCUGAAGAGGUUUCAUUUGAAUGGUAACAUCAUAGGAGUUCAUCCACAGACUCGAAAGUUAGAACUACAUACUAAAUAAAUAGUACCAUGUGAAAGUACUGCUGAAGAGGUUUCAUUUGAAUGGUAACACGGUAGGAUUUCAUCCACAGACUCAAAAGUUAGAACUAUGUACUAAAUGAAUAGUACCAUGUGAAAGUACUGCUGAAUAGGUUUCAUUUGAAUGGUAACACGGUAGGAUUUCAUCCACAGACUCAAAAGUUAGAACUACAAACUAAAUAAAUAGUACCAUGUGAAAGUACUGCUGAAGAGGUUUCAUAUGAAUGGUAACACGGUAGGAUUUCAUCCACAGACUCAAAAGUUAGAACUACAUGCUAAAUAAAUAGUACCAUGUGAAAGUACUGCUGAAGAGGUUUCAUUUGAAUGGUAACACCAUGGGAUUUCAUCUGCAGACAGUAGAAUUACAUAACAUUACCUCUGGCAGCAGCAAAAAUGCUACUUACAAAACAUUUUUGUUAUUUAUUAUUCUAGCAUUUAGGAAUUGCACCUCUCCACAUUGCCGUAGCCCUCCCUGAUGAGACAGGUGUAGAGAUCACUGAGCUUCUUCUUAAAUCAGGAGCUGAUCCUAACAUUAGAGACAGUGCAUUUGGUUCAGGGGAUAAUGGAAGGACAGCAGGCCAUAUUGUAUGCUCAAGAGAGGAUAAUGACAAGGUAUAAUACCUGUGUGUAAUAUUGGGGAGCUUUAGCAUCAACAAUGAGAUUGAAAAGAUUUUUUCUAGCUUUUCCACAGAAUAAUGUUUUUUCAUUUAUUAUAUUUUGAGUAAUUUACCCUUAUCCUCAGUAGUUUUUGUUUAAAUUAUAUAAGCUUUGUCAAUUAAGGUGGCUUAGGCAGUGACUAAUUUACACUCUGAUUUAUCUGUAUAUUUACAGGUUUCAUGUGGCAUAGUGCGACUUUUACUGGAAUAUGGAGCGAAUCCUGAUUUGCUUUGUGAAGGCCACUCAGCUCUUUCUUUAGCAAUCUAUAGUGGAAAUGAUCUGGUAAGAUAUCCUACUUAUUAACUGAGAGUGAGGUCAUUUCAGGGAAAUCUCAGACCGAGAGUUGUAUACUUCAACCUGCAAUACAGUCAGGUGACACUGGUCAGCGGAUACCCCAAGGUUUUAUUUAGGGUAUUUGAGGGGUAGAAGCUCCCCCCACAACAUGCCCAGCUCCCCCCCCCCCUCCCAAAUAUAUUGUUAUCAUUACAGUAUAUAAGUAAUUAUAUUGGAAAAAUCAUCCAGACGCGAUGAGAUCAGUGCACAUGAAGUAAGUAUUUCCUGUCGAAGGACACUAUAUGACAAAGAACAUGAUCUCGACUAAAAAAUAAAAUAAAAUACCACUGUAACAUUUCUCAAAAUUGUAUCUCAAAAUGCACCAGAUUGCAUCUCAGCGCAUAUUUAUUUCAAAAAAUUUUCAGGUGGCAUACCCCCGGACCCCCUUAGAAAGCUCCGGGCCUUCUCUUCUGCCACUCGGGACUUCUCCCCCAAACGAUAAAUCCUAGAUAGAACCCUGAUAGGCUAUGGAGCUGUAAGUAGAAGCUGCUUAACAUCAUUAAUCAUGUGUUUGUCUUGCAGGCUGUAGACACUCUACUAGAGCAUGGAGCUAACCCCAGUCUUCGUCUUUCCAGGGGGGUGGGGUCUGCUCUUUGUGCAGCUACAUCGUUCAUGGCUGAAAGAAGAAGAACUCCGGCUGGAAGAAUAAAACUUGUGAGUUCACAAAACUCAUUACUUCUCCUUUCAUCUUAGAAACCAAAGUCGUCAUUCCCAAAAAAUCUUAAAUUUAUUUUCAUUUUGUGAAAAAAUGUAAAUAAACAGCAGCACGUGAAAGCACCGUGGAAGAGGUUUGAUUUGAAUGGUCACGCAAACCAUGGUUUUCCGUCUUGAACACUCAAGUUACAACUAUCUUACAGAAUCAAAGUUACUUUAAAAUCCCGAAUUUUGUUUUGCGCCACUGAAAAACAAUAUUUACUACAUGACAGUGUGUACUGCUGAACAGGUUUUAUUUAUUUCUAGCGUCAGCGUUGAGGGCUAGCCGUAACUUGGUCUUAGAAUGAAAGGAUCAAUGACCGCGUGAUCUCAUUUUCUUAUCAGAUAAACAAGAUGAUGAGAGCGGGCGCUAACAUCUUAUCUCCUAUAACGGUGAACCUCAAGUACCCUCCUGGUACUGUAGUGGAUUAUGCUUACAAUGUGUUUUAUCAGGUACACAUUUGUUUUAUUUUCUAAAGGCUGUUUUCUCUCCUUUUUUGGGACAGGGGGGUUGGUUUUAAAAGAAAAACUGGGUCAAUUUAGGUUUAUGGGGAAACUGUCCACCUACCCCUCCCCUUAGCCAACGUUCACACAUACUUAAGGAAGGGGUAGGAGGGCGGCUUCCCAAAAACCUUAAUUGAUCCGAAAAACUUUGGUUCUGAUCUGUGUCCGUGGGUGAAUUAAGACCCAGUUUGUGGUGCGGUAUCGAAAUCAGAAGAUUUGGAUGGAGAGUGGAAAAUUGGUACAUGAUGUAAAGAACUUGAGCUUCUCGUUCAUAUCCAGAGGGUAGGGUGGGACAAGUUACCGCUUUUUCGGUGUCUUGUCUGGAACAGGGUCGGAAAAAGCAGCUGAAAAUGGUUUGGUAUUGGCCAAGUUAGCCAGGAUACCAGUGCCAGAUCCCAAAAUCCAUAGAAUACCCCCUAGGGGUAUUCUAAUUUCGAUAGUUUCUCAGUAAUCUGUUAGAAGGAAAUUCUUUAUAGUAAAGCACUUUGGCUAAUUAUCAGAAAACUGCUUAAGUUACUUAAAGUAACUUGGUAGUAAUCUAAAAUGAUUAACGAUAUAGUUUCUCUUUUUGUUUCAUCCAUAGGAUCGCAAGAUAGCUCACACUCCUUACCAUGCCCUCUCGGUGUUAGAGCGCGAGUGUUACAAUGCCCGCCGGGAAAUGCUUGACCAUUUAGGAGACCUAUUACGAACACAGGUGUUGAAGAAGGAAAAGGAACUGAUUGAAAAGCAGAUAGAGGAGGCCGAGCAACAAACUGGUGAGCUGUUUUUCAAUCCUGAGUCCAGUCAGGGCUCAUUGUGUCAUGGUGUCUUUCUUUCUUCUCUUAUAGGCUGCGAAAACAGCCGUGUCUCCUCGUCAUUAGGGACGUUUCGUCAGGAGAGACGGCUGCGCCUCUGCUACAGAAAUUCCUUACUAGGGCCUUUUAUACGUGGAAAAAUAAGACGAGAACUUUCCGUAUAAACGGUACGUUUCGUCUAAAAUAAGACGCGACUUAGCUAAGACGCGUCUUAUUUUAGAACAGCUCUUAACACCUGUUCUUAGAUAAGACGCGUCUUAGCUAAGACGAGAAAAACUUCGUAUAAAUGACCUUCGCGUCUUAUAUAAGACGCGAACGCGUAGUACUUAUGCGUUAAUUUUUGGCGCGCCACGUUGGAUUGCCGUUGCUACGGGCAACAUUCACAUGUAUUCGAGUCAAGAACAGAAAUAAGACGCGAACCAUUUAUACGAGCUGUUCUCGUCUUAGAUAAGACAUGCUCGUAUAAAUGGUACAGUUCGCGUUUUAUUUAAGACGCGUCUUAUUUUUCCUCGUAUAGAUGGCCCAACUGAUGACGUAAGAUCUGUGAAAUCGAACAAAUUUACAUUUUGAACCCCAUGACUACCGGAUUAAUUAUGUAAACAUUAAUUUAUGUCAUCAGUAUGGAAUUUCUGUCGCGAAGGCGCAGACGUUUUGGGUGGCUUUUUUGUUUUAUCCAAAACUGUUGGCUAACCUUGUGGGUCCAGUCGAACGUUCGAAGACAUGGAGUAGCCGUACUUUCAGUAGACUAAUGUAGGACACGUUUUGUAUUUAUACAGAAAUUUUCAGGAGACCUUUUUUUCAACAAGAAUUGCAAUAUCUUGGUUGAAAAGCACAACCUUUAAAAAUCAUAGAUAACUUAGUAUAAAUACUUCAAUUAUCUUAGACUAAUGGAACGAUCGUACAGAGAUUUCUAGCCUUUCUCGAGCUACAUAAAUUUUUAGACAAUAUUUGCUACUUGCUCACAGUUAUAUUACAGAAAAAGGUGGACUAGUGCCCCUAGUACAGUGUUUAGGUACAGAAAUAAUAUAUUGAUCUCAUUUGGGUCUUUCAUUUCAGUAGCGCAGAAACCUGAAGGAACUCCUCAGUCUUCCUGGGGGAUCCUGAAGUCACCUGAUAAAGCAAGCAAGAUGAGAGAGCAGCACUCUACCCCUGUUACAAAAAAUCUCGACUCUACCCCGGCAGGGAGAAAUAAUGAUCCUAACUUGACUGGGGGAAAUGACGGCCUUAGAUUCAGCCGCGUAAGCUUUCGUCUUGAAAACGAGGUUUUUGGAGGGGAUGAAAUCGAGGCUGAAGCUGAUCGUGAAGUCGAGGCUAUCACUGGUGCUGACGGCGAGACUCCGGGGACUUAUGAUGAAGUAAGAUACAGUAAUUAGUUGUGCUCUCUCAUUUGCUCCUGAACCGCCCGUAAUCGCCCCGUAACCGCCAGUAAGCGGCGGUGCGGAUCCACGUCCCUUCUACCGCCUGUGACUUCACCAGUUUUAACGGCCAAGGUAGACAGAGGUUUUCCAUCUAAUUUGUGCAGGAUGAGGAGAUCUCUCAAACCAUGCCAGGCCGGAAAGAAAGGCAAAAAAACAUGUAACGUUCUUAUGAGAAUCUUGGUCCACCACCCAACCUUAAGAUCCUUUGAAAAAAUUUUACCAUAAGCGAUUCCCACCGAAAUGAAGUCUCCUAAAUGCGUAGCAAAAAAAAACGAGGUCAAAAUAGCGAAGAAGAAAGGAGGAGAGAUAGCGGAAAGAAAUAGAAAAGACUGGUGUCUCGAAAUUUUACUUUCUGCGCAUGUGGAUCAGAAGGCCGCGUAUGGUUAAAUUUGUUUGUUUGCUUUAGUCGUAUUAUUAAUGAAAUUUCUAUUGGUUCGUCCUUAGGAAGAAAAGGGAGGGAUGACUUCAGAUACGUCGCCUGCUGCCGUUACCAGUAAAGAAAACACUCCGUGUUCCCCUGGGUCUGGGCUCAGUGCUGCCAAUCAGCCGUCCAUCAAGCCCUCGUCACCAGGUCGAGACGAAAACUGUGGAUUACGCAUUGCUGUGACCAAAGCCGCUGACCAUAUGAGCAUUUCAGCGCUGGCGACUCAAGCUUUGAAGCAGCGGAAGCAAGUGAUGAAAAACCGUUUCCGGUAUUGUUAUGAAUGUGGGCGCUCCAUUGGGAUUCGUUUGUCAGCAUGCACGCGGUGUAAAGAGGUGUUCUACUGCAGUAAAUCUUGUAAAUUAAAAGCUUGGAAUGCAAGGCACAGGGAAGAAUGCGUAAGAUUGACAGGUAAGAUGGUUAAAAAGCGAAAAUAGGCAGCCCAACUGUAAGCAACCACUAGGACGAGGACAACGACAGUGUCGAAAAAACAAUUGGUUUCACGAGCAAACCAGCAGCUGCACGUGCAUCAUGCUUUUUAGUACAUUUUUUUGACAUCCACUGCGCGACUACGACGUGAAACCCUCAAAUGCGACGUUUUACAUGCGACGGCGAAUUUUCGUUUCUCUAUUUGAUCCUGGAUUAAGUCCUCAAGAAUUCACCCCCAGAAAAUCGCCUACAUUUGACAAAUUGAGCGGGUCUAAAUAGACGCGAUUAAAAGUACGCGAUUCAUUUCUUUUAGCGACGUUUCAUUGCCGUCGUCGUCGUCGUCGUCGUCUUUGCUUAAGCUCCCCACGUUUUUCGAGACCACGACGUUUCGGCUUUCAACUAACGUUAUUAUCAAGUUAAAAUAUCUGAUAUAUGGAUAGGUUUAAUCGUAAAAUUUCUAGUCUACGAGCAGUCUCUCUUUUAUCUUAGUCCGUCGGGCGAAACGCGUCGAGCGAAAAUGACCACGCGCAUGACUAAGGGUGCGACACGGCGUGCUGCCGCCCUCUUUUCUCGCGUCUCGCGGCUCGCAGCUUCGCCGCUUGAAGCUCCCGCGCGCUUGCAGCUCCAUUACUAAAUCUGAAGAAAAAGAGAGACUGAUCGCAGUCUAUAACGUUUCGUGCUCGUGGAGCGGGUUGAGGUGGACCAGAAGAAGUUCUGCAAAAGAGGUUAAAAUUAAUUUGGAUGGUGACACUUUAGGAUUUCGUCCACAGACUCAAAAGUUAGAACUACAUACUAAAUAAAUAGUACCAUGUGAAAGUACUGCUGAAGAGGUUCCAUUUGAAUGGUCACACCAUAGGAUUUCAUCCACAGACUCAAAAGUUAGAACUACAUACUAAAUAAAUAGUAGCAUGUGAAAGUACUGCUGAAGAGGUUCCAUUUGAAUGGUAACACCACAGGGUUUCAUCCACAGACUCAAAAGUUAGAUCUACAUACUAAAUAAAUAGUACCAUUUGAAAGCACUACUGAAGAAGUUUCUUGUUUAAAUUUAUUUGAAUGGCAACACUUUCGGAUUUCGUCCAGAGAUUUAAAAGUUAGAGUGACAAUUGAUCUCUCCAUAACAUUUGUUUUGCUUAGGUGGUGUAAAAACAGCGUCAAGUCGCCGAGCGGAAAGCCCAACUCCCACCACAGACCCGGAUGGCCCACCCCCGUCUACCAUCCCCGCAAGCUCUCAAAGAAAGACGCCCUCUCGGGGUAAGGGAGAAAAAGGUCGCAAGCCACAAACGCCUUCUCGAACAUCGAAGCGAAGUUCUUCAACACCAGUAACGAAGGGAAAGAAAUGACAGAGACGUGGACUCGUUAAAGAUAAAGAAGGAGUCUUGUAGAGAACCCGAUGCUUCUGUUGGCUGUAGGCAGAGAGAAAAAUUUCAUUUUCUUAUGAGGUGUUUGCCCGAAACGGUCACGUGGGACGAGAACCACCGUGCUGGAGGGCAAACAACGCCGUGUAACCUCGAGAAUUAAAUCCAGGAGAUUAGCUUUUUGAAUGGUGUAAACCUAGUUAAUUAUAGUGAUGUGUCUUUGAUAGCAGUCUGUAAUCAUGCGACAGAUUACACAAAAUCGCACGACCGUGUAGCGAAGGAGGUUUAACCGCAAGAAUGAUCACAGAUACUAUUGGACGGUACUUGGACUUGUUAACAAUUAAUCGUAAUUAAUUUAGAGUUUAGGUUUUCCGGGUGGUUGUAUAAACAGUGACAAGAACAGGGAAUUCGUAUUUUGGUAGAAGAGAACGAAUGAUUAAAAAUCGGCCUUGUAGUUGGGCUGUAUUUUUUAAUUUACAUGUGUAAAUAAUAAUUUCCUUUUAUAUUUAAGAAAUAAGUUUUGUGAAAUAGGUG